AUGAGCAGAAUGCAUUACAUUGUCCCUCAUUGGCAAGUGCAGAACUUGUCAGGCCCGGCCAGUCCGGAUGCUCUUUGGUCAACAACCACCAGAGGCGACAUCUUUAUCCAUGAGUCUCAGGCCGCAGCGAAUUCGCUGCAGUCUGAUCGCAAGAAGUUAGUUGACAUGCGCUGGCGUCAAAUGGGUGGCAGUUUGCUGAAAGUUGAAUGCUGUCCAGCCGGUAUUGCCUGGGGCAUUGGUUGGGAUUACGGUGCUUGGGUUUACUCGGGAGGGUUCGGCGGUGGUCCUUGGGAAAGUUUGUAUAGCGAGAAGACGAAGCCGCAGAGUGACACGAGGUGUUUUUACGUUUAUGAGAACCAACGUUGGAAUCCUGUGACUGGAUACAACUCGACGCUGUUGCCCACGGAUCGUCCACAGUGGUCUGAUUACUCUGGAAGGAUCGCUGUUAGCAAAAGUUCUAUGAAGCCCCCUUCAGGAAAGUGGCAGUGGACAGGGGAAUGGCAAAUUGAUUUCACGACACCCGGCGGAGUAGAUGGUAAUGGGUGGCAGUACGCACUGGAUUUCCCGUCAAGUUACCACCCUACGAAGGGAUUCACUGAUUACGUUCGUCGUCGUCGUUGGUUCCGGAAGUGCAAGAAUUCCACGACAGGACCGUGGUUGUACGUCGGUUCCACCCGCUUAGUUGACAUUACCCUACAGUUGGAUCCACAGCCUGAGGGUUUCGUAGGCGUGUGGGCGGUAGCUGCGAAUGGUGAUAUCCUGAUGCGUGAAGAAGUGUCUCCUGAACAGCCAUUGGGAAAGACAGAUGCUCCAGUGAAGGCAAUUGAACAUCCUUUAAAUGAACUCGGAAUGCGAUCUACUCCGACAACAAAACAUUUUUGGCAAAGACUUCGUCACCUGGAGCAGGGCAACGGCUGGAAACAUGUUCCCUGUGAUGAGCCCGUUGUAAGCAUAAGUUUUGGAAGAUACGGAAAAGUAUGGGCUGUUGCGAAAAAUGGUUCGGUCUACCUUCGACACGGCAUUACGCAGUCCUGUCCCGAAGGGGAACUGUGGCUUCAUUUGGAAUGCCCGAGUGAAACGAAGCUUGUACAGAUAAGUGCUGGAAGUAGCGAAGUUUGGGUUGUCGACGAAGCACACCGGCUCUACCGUCGCAAAGACGUUAUGCCUACAAUGUUCCCCGAAGGAGUUUCUUGGGAAUACGUGUGUGACAAUAUUCGUCAAGUGUCAGUCGAUGCGAAAGACGAGAUUUGGGCUAUUGCUGAGAAGGCGAAUCUUGCUGGAUCCACGUACAAUGGCGUGGUUUGUCAGAGAAGUGGAAGAACUACCACUUCUUUAGCAGGCUCUGGAUGGGAUUACGGAAUUGGGGGCGGAUGGCAGUACAUUUGCGUUCGAGGGGCACCCGUGAAGUCAACCUGAAAUUGGUUUGCGUUUUGUUGACUUCAGCGAACACGAUCCCAACGUCAGACGAGCUUGCAAGCAUUCGAAUGGCAUCCGUCAUGCUAAAUUCCCUUACGUACACAUUCGUUAUUUGCAUUAGGAUUUUUUUGCACGGUUUGAUUAUUAAGCUCGAAACGCGUUCAGCGCAUUUUUUCCUAGCUGCUAAGAAGUAUUUUGAGUUCUUCGGAGCUUCGUUUUCGUGAUAUUUUUUAAGCUUAUUCUUUUACGUUAUCGAAUUUGUUCAUAUGUAUUUAUCUUUUACCAAAUUUUAAAUUGUGCGAGUGAAGUGCCGUGCUCUCAUUUUUUUUUUUGCCGUGGCAGUGAAGAGAGAUGCUUUGAUGUGGACCUCGUUCAAGGCGAUCAAUAAACCAACAUCCCAGCAUUGUGUACUACGUUAA